GUCUGUGAAGAAACUCAGAACAUCUCUCUCAGCCUCUCUCACCCAUUUUUCCCAUACCCAAAAAAUGUCUUCGCCAAGCAAACGCCGUGAGAUGGAUUUGAUGAAACUGAUGAUGAGUGAUUACAAGGUGGAGAUGAUCAAUGACGGCAUGCAAGAGUUUUAUGUGGAUUUCAAUGGACCCAAAGAGAGUCCGUAUCAGGGAGGUGUCUGGAGGAUAAGGGUGGAGCUACCAGAUGCUUAUCCUUACAAAUCUCCAUCUGUUGGCUUUGUCAACAAAAUUUACCACCCAAAUGUUGAUGAAAUGUCUGGAUCAGUUUGUUUAGAUGUUAUCAACCAAACUUGGAGCCCCAUGUUUGACCUGGUUAAUGUGUUUGAAGUGUUUCUGCCCCAACUUCUUUUAUAUCCCAACCCAUCGGAUCCAUUGAAUGGAGAGGCAGCUGCUUUAAUGAUGCGUGAUCGUUCUGCUUAUGAACAAAGAGUAAAAGAGUAUUGUGAGAAGUAUGCAAAGCCAGAAGACAUAGGUGGUGCUCCAGAGGAGAAAUCAAGUGAUGAUGAGGAUCUAAGUGAAGAUGAAUAUGACUCCAGUGAUGACGCAGUUGCAGGCCAAGCUGAUCCAUAGGUUCAUAAACCCUGGUCCAGUUAAUUCUCUGUUGUACCUGUACAUUAUACUGUACUCGAUGCAUGGAAAAUUAAACCCCCCCCCC